AUGGCUCGAUUCGCUAUCCCGGGUAGAAAGCCUCAGCAGAACGACAUCUCACAACCACUCGAAGCAGAGGAGAUUCCCACCGAGAAGGCUCAGCCCCCAGAGAUCAAAGACCUAGGCUCAGUCAAUGUCCGUCCUCUCGACGACAAUUCAAAAAGAGAAGGCGAUUCAUCCGACGAGUCGCAAUAUGACUUUGACUCCGCCGAGUUCAGGAACAUUCCCGAGCUGGUGCGCACAGUCGUCAGCUUCGAAGACGACCCCUCGCUGCCAGUCCUGACCUUCCGGUCAAUCCUUCUUUCGGCAAUCUUCUGCACGCUCGGGAGUGUAGUUUCUCAGCUGUCCUACUUCCGAACAACGACUGCGCCGUUUCCCGUCUUCUUCGUCAUUCUGGCAUCCGAUCCGCUUGGCCGUUUUCUUGCGCGUGUCUUGCCGGCGUACAAAGUGCCCUUGGGGCGGUUUUCGUUCUCGCUGAACCCCGGGCCGUGGUCACCCAAGGAGCAUGCGAUUGUGGGCAUUGCCGCCAAUGCUGGCAGUCAAGGGCAAUGGGCUACGUACCUGCCCACGAACGCUGCUCUAUACUACAAUACGACCAUGAACACGGCUCUCGCCUUGUUCUUUGGAUGGGGUUCCUCUUUACUUGGGUUUGCAUUCGCUGCAAUGGUCCGCCCGAUCCUGAUCGACGACCCCGAGUUCAUCUUCCCUCUGUCCCUGCAGCAGGUAACUCUGUACCGAAGCAUGGAUACCAGGAACCGAACGGACAAGAAGAGGGCACACGACCAAAUGAAGGUGUUCUGGAUCCUCCUCCUCGCCACAUUCGUCUGGCAGUUCCUACCAGAAUACCUCUUUCCCUUCGUUGCUUCUCUCGCCCCACUGUGCUGGUUUGCCAGUCGUAACCAUACAGUCAACUUCAUUGGAGCUGGUCGCGGGGGCAUGGGACUGCUGAACAUAACCCUGAACUGGUCGAACAUCACUUCGGUGGUCAUCACGUACCCGUACAGCGUGCAAGUUAUUAUCUUCCUAGCGUUCGUCUUGACGUGCUGGAUCUUAAUUCCCAUAGCGUACUUUGGGAAGCUCUGGGGAUCACCCACGUACGACAUCAUGUCAAAUGGCGUUUUCCAGAAGAACGGCUCGGCGUAUCCGUUUGAGGAUUUAAUUUAUAUCGAUUCAAACGGCAUGCAGCAUGUCAACGAAACUAAAUACGAAGAGGUGGGCCUUGCCUAUUCGGGUGCCCAGUAUACCUGGCAGAUCUUCAUGUGGGUGGCUUCAUACCUGUCCUCGUACGUCUGGUGCGCUCUAUUCCUAGGUCCAAAGAUGUACCAUAUCUGGAAAGCAAGGAAGCAAUCAGGCGCGUAUCAUCAGGACAGACUGAGCCGGAUCAUCCAAAAGUACCCCGGUAUCAGUAAAUGGGAAUGGGCUGCACUCGGCCUCGUACCAAUAGUCACCCUCCUAGGCGUCGUCGUCUCAAAGAAGAUCUACAUGCCCAUCUGGACGUACUUCGUCGCACUGGGCUUCGGCGGAGCCGCAAUGCUGCCCAUGAGCUUCGUGUACGCCAUGUCCGGCUUCUCAAUCAAAGUCGGCUAUUUCAAUGAGCUCGUAUACGGAUACAUGAUCGAAGCAAAAGGCUCCUCCCGCCACCCACUCGGCCAACUCGCAUACCGCAUCAUCUCCGGCAACGUCUGGUACGACGCGCGCGUCGUGCUCGAAGACCAGAAGAUCGGCCACUACCUCCACCUCCCACCGCGCCAGGUAAUCGGCAUCCAAAUCAUCGCGAACAUGCUCGCCCUCCCAGUAAACUACGGCGUGAUGCGGUGGGUCCUCGCCACGAAAUUCGAGUACGUGAGCGGGCAGAAGGACGACCCUCUCGGCCAAUGGACCGGGCAGGACUUCAAGUCCUACAACACCGCAGGCAUCCAGUUCGCGCUCGUCGGGCCCAAGAAGCUCUUCGCGAGUUCCUUCUUCCGACCCAUCCUCUGGGGGUUUCUAGCGGGCGCCCUCGCUCCAAUCCUCAUGUGGCUUCUACAUAAGAGAUUCCCCCGCGCACGCUUCGACCUCUGGAACACAACCAUCUUCUUUGCGUCUGCGGCAGUGUUCUACGGGAACUUGAGCACGGGUCCCUUUACGACGUUCCUUGUGGGCACGUUCACGAACUUCUAUCUUUGGCGGUAUCGUCGCGUUUUCUGGAACAAGUGGGCGUAUAUUAGCGGUGCGGCGCUGGAUACGGGGUUCAAUGCGAACUUGCUGUUUAUUUUCAUCUUUUUGGGGAGCACGGGGGCGAAGAUGGUGCAUUGGUGGGGGAAUAAUGCGGAUAGUGUGGAGAGGUGUUUUGCUUUGUAG